CUGUGUCUUUCCGAGGUGAAACCCGCUGAGCCAGUUUGGUGAGUCCUCCGUAAGGGAGAUGCCAACAGGUGUAUUUUCAAAACACGGAUAAAGAAAACAGAAGGGAUUAUUUCAACUCCAGGUAUCCUACAAAUACGCUUACAUUUUAGACUUGACCUGCUCUUCCUGGAGAUGGCAAUCCGGAACUUCGCCAUUGAGUAUGAUGCCUUAAAUGAUCGCAACACAUUCAGCAACGGGGAUACUUUGGCAGGCAGAGUUAUUGUGGAGGUGUCAAAGGAAACCAAGAUCAAAACUCUCACUGUUAUGGCAAAAGGCAAGGCUGAUGUGGCAUGGACUGAGUCACAAGGGGAAAAUAAUGUGACAUACUGGGAUAAAGAGAUGUAUUUCUCACAAACUAUCUUAUCUGUCUUACCGGAGGACAAAGCAGAUGGGUCUGUUACUCUAGUGGCCGGUAGACAUGUCUUCUCUUUUGCCUUUCAGCUUCCCUACCAGGGGCUGCCGUCAUCUUUCAAAGGUGCUCAUGGUAAAAUCCACUACCGACUUCAGGCCAAGCUGAGCAGGUCUUUGCGUGCUGUGAGCAAAACUGAAACAAAGUUCAACUUUCUUGCCAGAGCUGAUUAUGAUCAGUCAACACUGAUGGCACCUCAGCAUGGUAGUAAAGACAAGAAUGUCCAUUUUUUUGCCUCUGGAAAUAUUUCAAUGAAUAUUUUCUUGCCAAAGACAGGCUACGAGCAAGGUGAAGGGCUAGUUUUUGAUGGUGAGAUUGUCAACAGCUCAACUCGAAAAAUUGUGCCAAAGUACAUCAUCUACCAGAAGCAGAGCUUCUUUGCUGGAGGCCAGAGAGCCGUUCACACCACACAGAUACUGAAGGAGAAGGGAGAGCCUUUAGUGUCCUCCACCAGACAGAAUCUGACCAAAGUAUUAGUCAUUCCCCCAGAAAUCAGCACCAGCAUCCACAACUGCAGAAUCCUCAAAGUAGAGUAUAGACUGAAGGUUAUUUUGGAUGUAUCAUUCAUGAAAAACCCUGUGAUUAAACUCCCAUUGAUCGUCCUGCCACACAGGACCUCAUCCAACGUGUUGGAGGCAGGAUUAUACCCAGACCUGGCCAAAAUUAAUAUUUUAAGUUAAUACAAACAAUAAACAAUACUUUUGUAUUGCACUAAUAUCAGAUACUUGUAUCAGAUUCAAUAAAAUAUAGAAAGAAACAGGCUAUGCA